UACAUAUACUGGAUUUUUUUUUUUACUAGUAAUGGAAAGCAAUCAGCAACUUAUAGCGGGACUGUGGCGGGCAUUCUGACACUAGAGGGAGCUGACUUGGUGUCACUGACAUCCCCAGUAUCACCAAUACAGUGAUCAGUGCUAAUAAAAAGCACUGACACUGUACUAAUGGCACUGGGCAGAAAGGGGUUAACAUGUGGGGCGAUCAAAGGGUUAACUUUGUGCUGUUGUGUGCUGUGUUUCACUGUAAGCACACUGCUUUGUACGGCUCUGCUAUGCAGAGCCGUACAAAGCAGUGUGCAGGAACUGACA